CCCCAAACGGAGGCCGUAACUGCACCAGUCACAAUAAUUUCAGAACGGACGUUGGUGCACGUCGAAGAUUCUGUAACAAUUAAUCAGAAGCCCGAAACUGCAACAGUAACUAAAACGAUCAGAUUACAGAAGACAGAAACUUGCAAAAACGCCAAGAUAUCUUGCAAAGUGCAAGAACUGGAAGGAGCAUUUAGGAACAAUAUUUUUUGUGUACAAGAGACGCAGCCCCUGAGGCAGCGAAACGGCUUGACCAUAACCGCCGGGUGCUUUGAGAAGACGACCCAAAAGCAGGGCCAACAACCCGACAAGACGGAGUGCCCCAGGCAAGCGGGGCCAGUAGCUCGUGUUUCGGGGAGCGCCCCCCCCGCUAAGCGACGCUGGGUCCCACCAUCGACUUUACUAAGGCAUCGAGAUGCUCUCAAUCCAGAGGCAAGGAAUGAUCUCAUCUUCCGCAAGGUACGAGGCAUUCUUAACAAACUCACACCGGAAAAAUUCCAGAAGCUAAGUGAUGAUCUGCUUCGUACUGAACUAGAUUCGAAAGUUAUUUUACAUGGUGUAAUUCUACUCAUUUUUGAAAAGGCGCUGGAGGAGCCUAAGUAUAGUUCUAUGUAUGCACAUCUCUGUGAGCGCCUAUCCAAAGAAGCACCAAAUUUUGAAAGAGAAUCAACCCCUUGCACAUUUAAAGUUUUAUUAUUAAAUAAGUGCCGCGCUGAAUUUGAAAACAGAUCUGCGGCAAGUGAAGCAUUUAAUGAAUAUGGAGGAAAACUGUCCCCUGAGGAUGAGGAACGUAAGCACCUCGCCAAGCGCAAAAUGCUCGGAAAUAUCAAGUUUAUUGGUGAGUUGGGUAAGUUGGAAAUUCUAUCGGAAAGCAUUCUACAUCGCUGCAUUCAGCAACUACUGCAACAACAAAAAACAGCACCUCGUAGACCACAAACAUCAUCGGCACAAUCUCAACAACAACAAACUUCACAAUAUUGCAGUGAAGAUCUCGAGUGCCUGGCUCAACUGGUGCGCACCUGUGGCAAGAUCCUCGACAAUGACAAGGGCAAGAAGUUGAUGGAUCAGUACUUCACGCGCAUGGAGGCAGUGGCCCAAAAUCCAGAACUGGCACCUCGCAUCAGAUUCAUGCUUCGUGAUGUCAUUGAGUUGAGAGGAGAUGGCUGGGUGCCCCGGAAGGCAUCUAGUACUGAAGGUCCCAGACCCAUACACCAGAUUAGAGGUGAUGAUGACUUGCGAUCGUCAUAUGCAUCCAUGCGGUCUGGGGGCCGAGAUUCAGGCCUUGGAGGUCUAGGUAGAGAUCACAGAGACCAUCGUGACUCAGACCAGGAUUCAUGGAUGGGUGGUUUGCCAUUGAAACUGAGAGGCAUUAAUGACAUGUUCAAUGGACUAAAUGUGUCUAGUCCCAGUACUAAUCUUAUACCUCUUCCCCAUCAUGAUAAAUUCAAUUUUACCAGCAAUGGUUUUGGCUCAAAUCGAAAUGAGCAUCGAACUAACUCUGAAGGUUCCUUCCGAGGACAUAAUAACCAACAUGGGAAUAACCGUGGCCCAGGUUCUGCGGGAGGAAAUCAUGGCAACAACCGUGGUUAUAAUAAUUCUAAUAAACAUGGAAUGGGUGGCGGUAUUUAUGGCAACAAUGCUAACAAGGAUAUUGCCCCAAGAUUCAAAAAGAACUUCAAUCUUUUGGCUCAAGGGCCUGAAGAAGUUCAAAUGCGGCCUGCUGCUAAUAGUCUUCUUUACAAAGCUAAUAACAUCAAAACUACUCAACCUCCUCCAUCAAUGCUACCUUUGGGAGGACCUACAAAUCGUAAUAGUCAUCACACACCAAUGCAUUCAAUGACCCACUCAGACAAUAAUUUGUCAUCAACAUUGUCUUCUUCUAAGCCAGCUUCUCCUGCACCUGUGGGUGCUCUUCACAAGGAAGCACCAUUAAUUAUAAAGCAGUCAUCUACUGAUAAACCAAAACAAGCCAAAAAAGAUAAGGGUCCAAAUAAAGAAGAGCUACUCAAAAAGGUUCUUACCCUUUUACAUGAAAAUUUUCAAUCAUCGGAAGAUGGAAAAAUUAUUGAGAAUAUUGACUUAGAUAAAAUUACAACUGCUUACAGAGAAUUCAAAAUACCUGAUAAAUUUGCAAAAGACAUCAUGUAUGCAGUAUUGAAUGACAUUCUUGAAAAAAAUGAUAAUGUAAAAGAAAGGGUAGUCUCAUUUCUAAGUUCUUUACGUAAGGAUGGCUUGGUUCCAGCUGCAGCAUUUUCUGAUAGUUUUAGACAAUUAUUUAUGUCUGUAUCAGACAAAGAAGAAAAAUCCCAUUUACCAGUUGCAAAAAUUUUGUCUAAUACAAUCACAUCUAAGCUGAUGACAUUCACAGAUUUAUCAUCACUUGCUGAAAAUGGCCAAUGUUAUCCAUUGUUCUUGAUAGUCCUCGAGUGUUUAGUUAAACUUUUGGAUAAAAAUGCCGUUAAAGAAAUGCUGAACUCUAGCAAGAUCAAUUUAAUGUCAAUGCUGCCGGAAGCUGAUAGAACACAAGAUCGCUUAGCAGAAAUUCUUGAAGAUAGAGGCCUGAGUUUUCUUUAUCCUCUGCUUAGAGUGCGUGCCGAGUUAUGGAAACAAUUACAAGCAGAUCCAAAUCCACAACAAUUCUAUAAAUGGAUUAAAGAUAAUCUUGAAACCAGCUGUCACACUGAUCCAGCAUUUGUAUAUGAAUUUGUAACUGUGCUGCUAAAAUACAUAACGCAGGAAAGCACUUUGGCAGAUGGUGUGGAUGCAACAGUUUUACCCCCAAAAGCACUUCAAGAGAAAGAAAAAACUUUACUGGAGCGUUUCCAAAUUGUCUUGCAAGCAUUCCUUAAUGGCCGAACUGAUUUACAACUAACUGCUGUGUAUGCAUUGCAAGUGUAUUGCUUUACUCACAAUUUUCCUAAAGGCAUGCUCUUGCGCUUUUUCGUAAACCUUUAUGAUCUGGAAGUAAUUGAAGAAGAAGCUUUUGUACAAUGGAAAGAGGAUGUCACAGAAGCUUAUCCUGGCAAAGGGCAAGCGCUAUUCCAAGUAUUCCAGUGGCUGAUGUGGUUGCAGGAAGCCGAAUCUACUGAUGAGGAUGGAGAAGCUUAAGUGUGGAAAUAAGAAACAAAAAAAUAUGAAAAAGUCUGAUAAAAAG